UUCUUUUUUUUUUCUUUUUCUAUAUUUUUCUUUCAUAUGUCCUCUAAACGUUUAAGUCUUGGUAGCCACUUUCUGAGCACAAAAAAAAAGGGAGAUUUAACCGAACUUUUCUCGAGUUUUGAUAAAGAUAACAAUGGUAGAAUAUCGUAUUCUGAAUUACAAGAUAUGCUUCAAUCAGCAGGCAUUAAUAGUGCGGCGAUUCCAUCCAUGUUGAAAGAUGCGCAUGCGGAUCUGGACAAGGAUGGCUGUUUAGCUUACGAAGAUUUCGCUAGACUAAUGCGACCGACAUUGUCAGACCCACAUCGUUCAACUUCUAAACAACAAGAGCUGAAGGAAGCCUUUGAGGCUUUUGACAAGGAUGGCGAUGGGUUUAUUAAUGUUGCUGAAUUGCAAGCCAUGAUGGAGAAAUUAGGUGAUAAAUUGACCUUAGCCGAGGCACAACAGUUGAUUGGAGAAGUGGAUUUGGAUAAAGAUGGUGUGGUGAAUUUACAUGAAUUCAUGAUGAUGAUGACCGGCUCGAAUUCAACACAACAACAUAAUCAAGAAGAGUGUACGCAUCAUCAUCAUAAGUUAUCUGUAAGAAGAUUGUUCUGUAGCCACAAAUAGUUUUCGCACACAUAUGAUAAUGUGACGAAAAAAUGCCUAGUGCUCAAAUUUUUUUUUUUUUUUAUAAAAAUUGUACUAUAUAUGAUAACACUUGUCACCCCUUGAAUGACACUCUUUUGUUUGUUUUUCGUAUAGAGUAUCAUGCUCAUGUUUCAAA